AUGGGUCUCCUGUGGGUGCUGUCAGUGUCCAUGCUCACAGUGUGCGUGGCCAUCCCGAUGGAUGCAGCGGCGGGCAGCCAUAGCAUGUUUACCUGUGAACCCAUCACCCUCCGCAUGUGCCAGGGGCUGCCCUACAACUCCACGUUCAUGCCCAACAUACUCAACCACUAUGACCAGCAAACCGCCGCUCUCGCCAUGGAGCCCUUCCACCCCAUGGUGAACCUGCAGUGCUCUGCAGAGCUGAGGAUGUUCCUGUGUGCCCUGUACGCCCCCGUCUGCACCGAGUACGGCCGGAUGACGCUGCCGUGCCGAGGCCUCUGCCUGCGCGCCAGGAGCGACUGCUACAAACUCAUGGACAUGUUUGGAGUCAGCUGGCCCGAGGAGAUGGAGUGCAGCAGGUUUCCAGAUUGCAGUGAGCCCUACCCCCGUCCCGUGGACCUCCUCUCCGUCUCGGAUGCCACCGAAUCCCCCGUCUCCGUCCAGCGUGACUAUGGCUUCUGGUGCCCUCGUGAGCUCAAGAUCGACCCCGACCUGGGCUACUCCUUCAUGGGGAUCCGCGACUGCUCGCCCCCCUGCCCCAACAUGUACUUCAAGCGGGAGGAGCUGGCAUUCGCCCGCUACUUCAUUGGGGUGGUGUCUAUCGUCUGCCUGUCCGCCACCCUCUUCACCUUCCUCACCUUCCUCAUCGAUGUGUCGCGCUUCCGCUACCCGGAGCGGCCCAUUAUAUUCUACGCCGUGUGCUACAUGAUGGUGUCCCUGGUUUUCUUCCUGGGCUUCCUGCUGGAGGACAGAGUGUCCUGUAAUGCGGCGAGUCCCGGAAAAUUCCGAGCCUCAACUGUGACGCAAGGGUCACACAAUAAGGCCUGUACUCUCCUCUUCAUGGUGCUCUACUUCUUCACCAUGGCCGGCAGUGUGUGGUGGGUCAUACUGACCAUCACCUGGUUCCUGGCGGCGGUCCCCAAGUGGGGCAGUGAGGCCAUAGAGAAAAAGGCCCUCCUCUUCCACGCCUGUGCCUGGGGCGUCCCGGGGGCCCUUACCGUGACCCUGCUGGCCAUGAACAAGAUCGAGGGCGACAGCGUGAGCGGCGUUUGCUUCGUGGGGCUUUACGAUGUGACGGCGCUGCGCUGGUUCCUGCUGGCCCCACUGGGGCUGGACGUAGUGGUGGGUGUGGCUCUACUGCUGGCGGGCAUCGCGGCGUUAAACCGGGUCCGCAUGGAGAUCCCCCUGGAGAAGGAGAACCAGGAGAAACUAGUGAAAUUCAUGAUCCGGAUCGGAGUGUUUUCGGUGCUCUACCUGGUCCCCCUGCUGACCGUUCUGGCCUGCUACCUGUACGAGAACAGCUACCGGUCUGUCUGGGAGACCACCUGGGUCCAGGAGAAGUGCCGGGACUACCACAUCCCCUGUCCCUUCCAGGUGGAGCAGACCAACCAUCCAGACCUGGCCUUGUUUCUGAUCAAGUACCUGAUGAUGCUGAUUGUGGGCAUCCCCUCCGUCUUCUGGGUGGGCAGCAAGAAAACCUGCUUCGAGUGGGCCAGCUUCUUCCACGGCAAGCGCCGCAAAGACGUGAUGGUCAACGAGAGCCGCCAGGUGCUCCAGGAGCCUGACUUUGCUCAGUUGCUGCUCAGAGACCCCAACACGCCCAUCGUGAGGAAGUCGCGGGGCACCUCCACCCAGGGGACCUCCACCCAUGCCUCCUCCACCCACCUGGCCAUGCUGGACGAGCCGCCCAGUGCCAGCACCAGCCGGGCGGGCUCCGUCCACAGUGCCCGCUCCAAGAUGAGCAGUUACCACGGCAGCCUGCACCGCUCACGUGACGGCAGAUACACGGCAUCAGGUUUCCGGGCUGCUGAUGACCGGCUACCUUAUGGAAGCAUGCCCCGCCUCAACGACCAAUCACAGUCCAGACACUGCAGCACCAGCCGCCUGGACAGCCUAUCACGACACGGCUCCACCCAGAGACUGGAGAGCCAGUCGCGGCACAGCAGCAUUCGGGACCUUAGCAACGGCACCCAAGCCAUCCAUAGUGUUCCUGGAAACAGCAUCCACAGGGUCCUAGAGGAAGAUGGUGCUACGGCCUGA